GGAGAGACGUUUGAAACCCGUUCGCGGCCGCUCGCCAGUCAGUGCUCGAGCGAUCUGACGGCAGGAGAGGACAGGCCCAGCUCCAUUAUUGCGUCGUUCAGCCACAUAUAGAAGAAGCUCAAGAUGGAGAGGAGACUGUUGGCUGCCAUGUGCUGCUGUCUGGUGGCAAGGCUUGUAGGUGGACACAGGGAACACAAGGUCCACAACAUUGUGCUGUACCCCGACAAGCACUCCUGGUGCAACACCACCCCUAUCAAGCAGGUUGUGGCCUUUCCAGGCUGCAGCUCUGUGGAGAUAGACAACAAUGUGUGUGUGGGGGCAUGCUUCAGCUACAGCAUCCCUCGCACUGCUCCCAGUGCCCCUGGUGAGCUCAUCAAGCCCUACUGUGAUUCGUGCCAGCCUUCCACUGUCGCCUGGCAACAUGUGACCCUCAACUGCACGGGCGAAGACACAGAGAGCCUCCAGAAACGUGUCCAGAUCAUAAGGAACUGCAGUUGCAGCACGUGUGAUGCUGGAGACGAUAUUGCAGCAGUGUCAUCUGUGUUGGCAUCAGGGGAUGGUGAGAUAGGGACAGACCACAAAGCAUCGCUUCCUGAUGUUGGGGAUCUCAUAGACUUCAUGCUGAAGACGCAGAACAAGGGUCCGGCUGCAGGAGUAACAGGUGGGGAGAGUGGUGAGGGUGGUGGGGGUAGCAACGCUGCAAUGAACGAACGCCUGCUGCUGCUGCUGCGGACACUGGGUGAAGGUGGACAGCUGGAUGAGGCGGAUUUGCGUGAGUUGUUGCGACAGGCAGAUCACAAAUUGAAUGCUGCAACGCAUGAACACCGUGACCACAUCAAGGUGAACCUGGAGCGCCUAAGACAUGAGCUGGCACACCACAGGCACCAUCAGCACCAACAAGAUCCAACCCUCAGUGUGGCACCACACCACUUCAAGCCAGCGCUUGGUGGUGCUGAACUCAGCUACCAUGACAACCUGCUUCAACCUGAGGAGAAGGAUGAGGAGUUCUGAGACAACCAUUUCACUUACAAGUUGCUCGAGAGGUUAUAACAUCCAUCUAUGUGCAUGUUCCAUGUUCCAGACUACAUAACAGACAUCAGACAAAUUUCAUUUUGGUUCUUGUCAAUCACUGCUUCUCAAACGUGGCUUCACAUGCUGAACAGUAUGAAUUUAUAGCAGUCGCUAAUGUUUGUAGAUAUGAUGUGUUUGUUUCAUUUGAGGUUCUCACAUUGGCAACUGUAACUACUGCUAUCCUGUAAGGGGUGACACUGUGUGCACUGACAUUUUGCAGGAACCUGAUGUCUCCAUCUUCAGGGUCAAAACAAAGCCAGGCAAGUAACCAGCAAGCAGUUGCACUGGCCUCAGCAGUGUCCUGCUUGUUUGGCUUACUCUUCCUCCCUGAAGAUGGAGGCAACAUAUUCCCCUAUUCCCCCUAUUCUACCACUCUACACGGUGUCACACACCAGAAGAUUUUCCUCUUCAUAUUGAUACUUUUCAGUGGCUGUCAUGGUACCUGAUUGGAAGUUACAUAUUCAUGUAAUGGUACACAUACACCUGUGAAUACAAAGAACAGUGGGUUACACACUCAAUAUGAUUGGCAUUCUGUUGUGUACCUUCUGAAACAAGGAUGCCUCUGGCCCUUUUGGCUGGAAACAGUUUUACCUUAAGGCAGAGAUUUCAGAGGCUUAUGUCCAGGCUGUCAGGUUGCUGCAUCCAUGGUGUGCAGGAUAUCAGUGGGAAAUUACACAUAAGGCAAAGGUGCCAUGCAGGAAGUUGAGGCAGCAUGCUCAAAUGGCGCUCACUGUUCACAGCUUGGUCAAAGAAAAUUUGUCCCCAUUAGUCCAUGGCUGUAGAUGGUAGUCCAUACUGUAAUUUUCUGUGUGUUUUACAGUUUCUUGGGAAGCACACGUUUACUGCACUGUUGAGGUGGAAAUGUGGCUUCUCUGAAAACAGUGUGUUGUGCAUUAUGACUUGAUCAUGCUGUGCUGACACACAUGCAAGUCAUUGUGCAAAAUUUGCUCUACUGGUCAUCUCAAUAUUCCAUGGACUACUCCCACUUCUCACACAUCCCCAUGGCCUCCUUCCAAAUGUCUGAUGAAGUCUGUGGAUAGCGUUUGGAGCAGGGGCUAGCCACAUAACAAAACUGUGCCUCCCAUUGUCAGCCAUCUUCUGCACACUGGUGGGAAAGCACAUUAGCUACAUGUGAUGCAUAUGCCAUCUAGUGGUAUUUCCAAGAGCUACAGCACUCGCCCAUGUGACAGAAACUUCAUCCAUAACAUUGUUGU